AUGGAGCUUACAAAUUCUUUAAGUGUUGUAGAUUUAACAGUUUUCUUAGCAAGUGUAAGUGUUUGUCUUGUCAUAGGCAUCAUCUUUGCAAUAUAUGAAAGAAAAAGAAAUACAGUUAUCAACUACUUCUUAGCAAACAGAAGGUACCAUGCUGUACCUGUAGCAAUAUCUAUGGUUGUAACGUUUUGUUCCUCAUUAAGUAUGAUUGGAUAUCCAGCGGAAGCCUAUGCUUAUGGAUUUGGAAUUGCAUACUUUGCAAUCGGAACACUAGCUGCGUAUUCCGUCAACGCUAUUUUCAUAGUUCCAGUUUUCCAUCCACUGAAAUUAACAAGCGUCUACGGAUAUUUCAAACUCCGUUAUGGGGAUAAUAUUUUGAGGUAUACAACAUUAUCCGUUGGAAUAAUUUACAAUUUAUUCUACAUGGCGAUUAUAACAAUCGGUACAAGUAUUGCAGUAGAUGUAGUUAUUGGAAUUCCAUUCUGGGGAACAUUUCUAUUAUUUGCUAUUUUGACAUCCAUAUAUACGUCGAUAGGUGGAAUAAAAGCCGUCAUCUGGACUGAUGUUUUCCAAUUAGGCGUUAUGAUAACCGGAGUUAUUGCCGUCUUAAUCAAGUCAGUUAUUGAUGCUGGUGGAUCAGAUAAAUUACUGGAGUAUUCCAAAGGUCGACUGAAGACAGAAUUUAGGUUUGAUCCAACGAUUCGUUAUCAAAUUUGGAAUGUGUCCUUUGGUUCUUUUAGCACGAUGCUGUAUUUGAGCCUUACUCAGCAAGCAAUGCAACGAGUAUUUGUGACACCAUCGGUAAAAUCAGCCAGAUAUAUGUUUUUCAUUUCUGCUCCAAUUUAUGCGCUAUUCAUGGUUUUAAUACCAUUGCAAGGUGUAACAAUAUUUGCAUACUUUUCGGUUCAAGGUUGUGAUAUUUUAGAAUCGGGCCUUGUACAAAAUGUGAACAAGAUUAUUCCAAUUGCUGUCUUGGAACUUUUUAAAGAUCAGCCUGGUCUUGCUGGAUUAUUCACAGCUGCUUUGUCAAGUGCUGCACUCAGUUCGUUGUCAUCAUGUCUAAGCAGUCUAUCAGCGGUAACGUAA